GUUCGUUGUUUAGUGGCGUUUGGGAAACCAAAGGUUGCUCGAGAUUUCUUGGCGUCAGACUAGCCUAGUUGCGCGCGCCCUAUCAGCGGCUCUGCUCCGAGCAUGAAAUCAUGGCUGGCCUGGGCUUGGAUGCAAUGAUGCUCAACGCUGUCAUGCUGGUUGCCAGCAGAUGCCAGGCACUUCUCACAGAGGACCCUCAUCUCCCCUUUCGCAAUGGCAUCGCAUUUGAAAAACAACUGCUAAACGACAAACCCAUCUCAUUCAUUGAUCCAGGUUUUCUUUGAGCGCCAGCCCACUGUUCCCUCACCCGUGUCUUAUCCUCCGUCAUCUCAACUUCUCCUUCUCCCACCGUCGUUCUGACUUGCCAUCUUGCAACAGUUCCAGCUCCCGCCGUCGAUGGCCUUUUUUACAGCGCCCCGAUCUUUUCAAAGCACCCAGUUUCUGGCAGCGCGCCAGUUCGUCACUCAAUCUGCAGAGGGCUUGAGCCCUGGCAUACUGCAAAAUGUCCCCAAUUCCCACAACAGCCAUCCUCCCUUCCUGCAACUGGUGCUUCUCGUCUUUGAAGCAGUUCUCGAGGUAGUCUGUGUCAGCCUUCCUGGAUACAUCGCUGCCAGGGUGGGCAUGUUCGAUGCCGAUGCGCAGAAAUUUGUCGCCAAUCUCAACGUCACUCUGUUUACUCCAUGCCUGAUCUUCAUCAAGCUGGGAUCCCAACUGACAGCGGAAAAACUCACCGAUCUUGCCAUCAUUCCUGCCAUUUUUAUUGUUCAGACAGCAGUUUCUUAUUUCUGUGCUUUUGUGGUUUCACGAUGCUUCCGAUUCCAAAAGCGACCGGCCAAUUUCGUCGCGGCCAUGGCUGUCUUUGGUAACUCGAAUUCACUUCCCAUCUCGCUUGUUGUAUCUCUUUCGCAAACCCUGCGCGGCCUUCACUGGGACCGGAUUCCAAACGACAAUGAUGACGAAGUUGCAGCGCGUGGAAUACUCUACUUGCUGAUUUUCCAGCAGUUGGGCCAGCUUGUUCGUUGGAGUUGGGGAUACCGCGUCCUUCUCGCACCGCGAGAGCAAUACCUGGAGGAAGUGGAUCCGGAUGAGCCUUUGAUAAGAACAAGGAGCUCCUCUGAUGGCUCCAUUGAGCGCCCGAAUCUUUCACACGAUGGCUCCGAAGAUUUUCACUCUGGGGAGGCGACGCCCGUCAACACGCGCACCUACUCGUACGCAAAAUUGCCGCACCCCGAACAUGAGCCAGACCUGGACCAAUCGCCUCUACUUGGACCGCCGCCUAGUGGACCUUUUCUUCCUCGUCAAGACUCUAGAGGCGAUAUCCUACGCUUCCCGAAUGUGGAGAUUAACCACCAGCCGGACUCGUCGGAAAAAGGGCCCGUGGCACGGUUAAAGGCAGCAGUUGGUCGUCUCCGUACCCGGGUUGCCAAUGGUUGUGUACAAGGGACGAAUGCUGUGUACGACCGACUCCCACCAGCUGUGCAAAGGAUGCUGUCAGCAAGCUCAAACCUGUGUACAAGGUUCUUUGGCGGCCUUUGGGAUUUUAUGAAUCCUCCCCUUUGGGCAAUGUUGGUGGCCAUCAUCGUUGCUUCUGUACCGUCAUUGCAGCAUCUGUUCUUCGAUGAAGGCACCUUUGUCCAGAAUUCUGUGACCCGUGCGAUCAAUCAGAAUGGCCAGGUCGCUGUCCCAUUGAUUCUUGUGGUUCUCGGCGCAAACCUCGAACGCAAUACGAUACCUCAAGAGGCGCUUGAGGAUAUGGAGGAUGCUGGAGAAGAGAAGAAGUUGAUCAUUGCGUCCUUGGUGGCCCGUAUGUUUUUGCCAACUGUGAUCAUGGCACCACUUCUUGCCUUGCUCGCCAAAUACGUUCCGGUCAGCAUCGUUGACGAUCCGAUCUUCAUCAUCGUCUGCUUCUUGCUCACAGGAGCUCCUUCGGCUUUGCAAUUGGCACAAAUUUGCCAAAUCAAUAAUGUUUACGUGGGAGCCAUGUCGAAGCUGUUGUUCCAGAGCUAUGUUGUCUGGUAAGUUGGAUUUUUGUGACCAAGACAAGUUGCUGAUUAUCCAUAGGAUCCUUCCGUCGACCCUCAUUCUUGUUAUGUGCGCCCUCGAGGUCGUUGAAUGGGCUGCUUAAGUAUUCACAUGCUGAUUCUCGAUGUAUUAUUGUUAACUGUCAUCGUUAUUGUAGUGGCGUUUGGUACUCUAUGAAAUGGUUGGGAAGUCGUUACGGAUUACGGGUUAACUUUUAAAUGUGUACUAGUAUUGAGAUUCACAUCUUCAACAAUGGAUAAAUAAGGAUAUACCAAUGGUCCGGAGCAAAAAUAUCUUGGGAAAGCUAAAAACACGACUCCGGCGCGACUCGAACACGCGACCUCUGGUGCCG